UAUAUACUUUUGAACAAUUUUUUUAAUAUUUUCAUAAUAAUUUUAUUUUUAUUACUGUGUGCAAAUCUCAUAGUGGUGCGCGUGUUUUAUUUUAAUUAUUAUUUGUUAGAUUAAAAAAAAUUAUAAAUUAUGGCAAUUAUAACACCAAUUUCUGUUGAUGAGGAAUAUAAAAAGAAUUCACCAAAUUUACGAAAAGAAGAUGUACUGGCGUUACAAGAAUGGAUGGAUAAACAGCCACAUUUACCAAAUGUUACAGAAUUGGAAAUUAUUUUAUUUCUACAUAGUUGUUACUAUCGAAUGGAAUUAGCAAAAAUUACAAUUGACAAUUACUAUACAGUUCGAACACAUUGUCCAGAAUUUUUUUGUAAUCGUGAUGCAAAAAAUAAAACUGUUAAAGAAAUAUUAGACGUUAUUAUUUAUGGACCAUCUCCCGGUUUAACAGAUCAAGGAUACAAAGUAAUUUUUGCUAAAUUAGCAAUAGGUGAUCCAAAUCGUUAUGUUUAUACAGAUGGAUGUAAAUUAUUUAGCAUGGUUUGUGAUUUAUGGUUACUCGAAGAAGGCACUGCACUAGGGCAUGUAAUUGUAUUCGAUAUGGAUGGCGUUGUUUUGGGCCAUGUAGCCAGAUUAGGUUUAAUGGCAAUGAAAAAAUUUUUAUAUUAUUUACAAGAAGCAUUACCAUUUAGAUUAAAGGGAUUACAUUUUAUAAAUGCGGUACCAUUUAUGGAUAAAAUUUUGGCUUUAAUGAAACCAUUCAUGAAGAAGGAAUUAAUGGACGUGCUAUACACUCACACAAAAUUAGACGAAUUUUUCAAACAUGUUCCUCAAAGAUUGGCACCAAGUGACCUUGGAGGUCAAGGACCAAGUUACAAAGAAAUACACGAAAAAACAAUUAAGAAAAUCAGUGAAAAUUAUCAAUGGUUUAUUGAUGAUGAACAAAAUAAUCGAGUUAUUGAAUCGAAACGCCCUGGUAAAGCAAAAACUGCAGGAGAUUUAUUUGGUGUUGAGGGAUCAUUUAAAAAAUUGGAUAUCGAUUAAUAUAAUUAAUCAAUUGUUGUGUUUUAUUAAAAGUUAAAUUU